GAAUGAGAGGAAUGAGCCGAGGUCGCCACCAGCCGCCCCCUCCCCAGCGGGACCAUAAUCCCCUCUUUGUGCCUCCCCAGGCCCAGCCGGUUGUCAUUCCUGUCCCUCUUCCAGGUCCCAGGCGCCCGGCCCCGGCCGGCUGUGAAGCCCCCGAGACCCCGGGCGCCCGGGGUGGCGGCGCUUCCCACGCGCCCCGCCGGGAGCCCGGCCUCGGAGCCGCGCCCGCCGCCCGCCGCCCCGCUCCGCCCCCAGAUGAGACGCGCGCGGGCCCCUGGAAAGCGAAAGCGGCUCCGCUCAAAGGAAAGAAAGCCGCAGCGACGACUGAAUCCUUGCUGAGGCCCCGGGCAGGGGUUCGGAAUUGGCUCUCUCUCGCAGAGCUACUUCGAAGCGGGCCAAAAUUCCAGGGGAAACUCAGAUCCAAAUUUGUCAGCCAGUCUCGGUGGCCAUAGAAGAUGCUGUGACCCGUGCAUCUCCACACCAUCUUGGAUCAUGGUUUUCCAAUCCUACCCAUAUUUUCUCUAGCCCUGAUUCUAUAUUUAUAUUUUCUCAUUAUUAUGCAAUAGAUCUUCUAUAUAUGAUAUGCACCCCCUUGUGGAACAUGGGAAGUAAUAUAAACGGGUAAAAUAAAUUAAUUUUUCUACAACCCUCUAACUGGGACCAAUAAUAAACAUCAUC